UUAGGCAACAUCCGGAAUUGCAUACAAUAUGUCUUGCUUCCUGCUUCUAGUGAUCGUCCACCCAGAAACCUGGGGGAAGCCAGCCAUGGAAAACUCAAGGCACAUGAGCUGCUUAUACUUUUCACUGUCAUAUUGCCCCUGGUCAUUCCAGAGCUAUGGUGGAGAGGCAAUGAAACAGAGAUAAGAAGGCUUCAAAGCUUUUGUGAUUUAGUUGUUGCUACCAAUGUCAUAUGUGCAUACUCAACCUCAAAUGUGGAGGCAGAUAUUUAUAUGGAUCACUUUGUUAAGUAUCGUGUUUCAAUACAGGAACUAUAUCCUGGGUUCAGUUCCAUGCCAAAUCAUCAUUAUGCAAUGCAUGGUGGAGAUCAGUUGAAAUUUUGGGGGCCAUUAGCUCUCCUCAGUGAGUUUCCAGGAGAAAGAAUGAAUGGUAAUUUUGGACAAGUCAAAACAAAUAAGCAUUUAGGUAAGUCUAUUUGGCAAUUAGCCAAAUCUGCAUGUAAAGGAAGGUUGGAGGGCCUGCUUCAUGACAACCAGUUUACAAAUCCUGCAACACAGAAGUUAGCCAAAAUUCUAGAACCCAGGGAUAUUUUUGCAUUCAUGUCCACACCUGAAACCAUGACUGGAUCACAGAUUGCUAAGGCUUUGAGUGAUGGAGAACCUCUGAGCAAAACUCAUUAUGCUAUCCUUCUCAAAUACAUGAAUAACUCUGGCAGGGAAUACAAGUCAGCAUAUACCAACUCUCGCUAUCCAUCUGGAACUUUGAUUCUUCCAACAAGAGCUAAAUGUCACUCCCAAAUCCCAUUCAACAACACUACUUUCAGCUGUACCAAAUCCCAUGAAGGACAAAGUCAUAUCCAAUUUUAUAUUCCAGGUGGAUUUGGAGGUACCUGGGAAACAGGAUAUAUUGAGGCUAUCUGGGAGCUUCCCCUUGAAGGUAUAAAAGAAUGCUUUUUGCUUAUACGAAAGCAUCAAGCAUUAUCUCCUGCUCAAAACUUAAAGAGUCCUUAUUACCACUUUCCUUGCUCACUGCUGAAGACAAAGCUAGUUAGAGAAGCACCUUCUGAUCAUAUUUAUAUCCUUGAACCCCGGCAUAUCAUCACCCAUCUCAGUGUAUAUAAACGGCCCAAGGGGACAUAUGGGAUUCAGUCAGACAUGUUAGCUAUUUGUUGGGCAUUAAACCGAGGACGUAGAUAG